AUAAAAUCAUGAGCCUGCUUGUGCAAAAGCCUCUUGCGGAGGCUCAUGUGCCCAAAAGGCGGCUGCGCUCUGACAAAGCAUCCAAAGCGGGCAGCCCAGCGCCCAAGCGCCCACGUCUGGACAAGGUGCUGGGGCCAACGCCCUGCCUCCAGCCCCUGCCUCACUGCCCACCGGCUGCGGACCAGGGCCUGACCAUCGCUCACAUUGGCCCCUACAUCCUUCUGGAGCCCACGGAAGGUGGGCGCUGCUACCGGGCUGUGAACAGACACACCGAGGCAGAGGUUACCUGCAAGGUUUAUCCAGCUAAGAGCUACCCAGAGGUGAUGGCUCCAUACGCUGCUCUCCCCUCGCACCCCAACGUUGCCCGUGUGACUGAGGUCAUUGUUGGAGACCAGAACGUUUAUGUCUUUUUGGAGCCCGGGAAGGACAACAUGCAUGACUUGGUGAGACGGCGCAAGCGUGUGCCAGAGCUGGAGGCUGUCGCUCUCUUCCAACAGAUGGCUGAAGCAGUUGCCCACUGUCACCAACAUGGCAUCGUUCUCCGGGACAUCAAGCUGAGGAAGUUUGUCUUUGCUAACAGAGAACGGUCCAGGUUGCUGCUGGAGAAUCUGGAAGAUGCCCAGGUGCUGCUCGGUCUGGAUGAUGCUUUGGUGGACAAGCACGGCUGCCCGGCAUACGUGGGCCCCGAGAUCCUGAGCUUCAAGGGUUCCUAUUCUGGAAAGGCAGCCGAUAUCUGGAGCCUGGGAGUGGUCCUCUACACACUGCUGGUGGGCUGUUAUCCCUUCCAGGAUACCAAGCCAGCCUCGCUGUUUGGCAAGAUCUGUCGCGGACGCUUCACUGUUCCAGACGACCUCUCGCCCAAAGCUCAGUGCCUUAUCCGGUGCCUCCUGCGAAGGGAUCCGGCCGAAAGGCUGACCGCCCAUGGAAUCCUCCUCCAUCCUUGGCUGGCUUCUAGCCCCGUCCCCAAGGCCUUAUGGGUCAGCACCCCUGGCGUGCAGGGACUAGAGCAAGUGGUUCCUGAAGUGGGGAGCUGGAAAAAGAGUUCGGACAAACUGCAAGAAGAAGCCAGCUGAAGUGCCCUUGAGGGGGAAAGUGCAGAAGAAGGAAUGCGUCUGGCAUGGAAGGAAGAUGGAUGGUUCCUUGCCUCCUUGACGCCGUAUCUCAGCAGCCUAGGAAGUGCCUUUUGGUGGACAAGGACCUUUCAUCUUUGCCCUCCCAUGGGGCAGAUGUCACUUUACCCCCAAACGUGGGGAGGGGGGGCCCAUGCCCCUUUCCCCUUUGCAUUGUAGCAUAUGCCAAAGAAACCUUGGGGAGUUUGGUGGUCACCAGCAAACUUUCCUGCUCUUAAAGAGGGCUGUUUUGCACCUUUAAUUCGGGAUCUGUAUUGCUGGUCUGGAGAAGGACCGUGGAGCCCCCUGGAUGAUUGGAGAAGGAGAUCUGGGGGGAAGCCCCAAUUGUAGAUCUUCCCUUUUCAGCAUCCAAUGGCUGGAUUUCAGGAUCCACGAUUUCACUGGAAGGGAUGGAUUGAAAGAACCGCUCCCCAUCCCCUGGAGCCCAAUUUUGAGGGACCCACACUUUGCAGAGAAUUGGGAUCACUUUCCCUGGUGCCAAAGAAAAGGCUGAUUUGCAGGAUGGGACUGAUGCUUUCUGAUGGGGAGGAGGGGGUAGCCUCAGAGAGAAGAGGCCAAGGUGGCCCACUGUGCUUAGGACAGAUACCUGCACUAGGAGGGUGGUUGGAUUAAUCAGUGUUUCUCAACCUUGGCCACUUCAAGAUGGGUAGACCUCAACUCCUAGCAUUCUCCAGCCAGGAGGCUGACUAGGGGAUUCUGGGACUUGAAGUCCAUCCAUCUUGAAGUUGCUGAGGUUGAUAAACACUGCUCCAGAGGGUCUUCCUUCACCCUCUGAGUCAGAAAUGUGGCCCAUUGCAUCAAGGGCCUUGUGACAUUGGAAGAUGCCUCCCUUUUCUGUAAUGCUGUCCACCAUAUUUUCUAAGCUUGGUGACUUUGCUUUGGUUGGUUUUCCACCUCUGCUGCACCCCAGGAUUGUGUCAACUUGGGUGUGUGUGUGUGUGUGUGCGCACACGUGCUGAUUUUAACCACAGCCUGUGAAGAUGGAACAGUGGUUUUGAGGGUGGCGAAACAAGGUCCUUGUCAUGUGAGCCCAUAGUUCUUGGUUGGGUUUGAAAACCCAGCCAAGACUGGGGGUCAUCAAGAUCUGGUCCUUCCUCCUGGCCUCAGGAUCCUCCCCAUAACAGCUCUGGACAACCCCUCCCUCAAGUUUCUUUCUCUGACUCCAAAAAUCGAGAUGUUGUAGGAAGAGAGCCAUAAUAGAACUUGGUUGGGCUGAAGCAUAGCCAUCAAGGAAGGCAUUGAUGACUUUGCUAAGCAAGAUAUGGUUGCAUCUGAGCUCCUCCUCCCUCCCCCCAACUCUGCAGGGCUUAUUCUUGGUUUGUCCAUGAGUUCCAAGAAUUGAGCUGGACUAGUCACGGGUGCUCAAGGGUCACCUUCCCAGGCAAGCCAAACCAUGGCAUGUUGGUUCUGCCUGCAAGAUCUACCACCUCUUCCACUCCAAGGUGGAGCAUCUUCCCCCAGGGAAGAACUGUGAUUUAUGGGGAGCCCCAAGGCCAGUCAGCUUCAUCUAGAGGGGAUGCCUCAGGAGACAGUAACUGGAGGAGAAAGAGGUGUCCGCUCUCCUUCCCUGAGAACCAUUGUGGCUUCUGGCCAGCCGAAUUUCCAGCAUGCUUCUCAAACUACCUCUCCCAGAAUUCUUUGGGAACAAACUUCUCGCUGUACCUUCCAAGCUGCUUUAUGCUUCCUCUGUGUGUGUGCGUCUGUGUGGGUGUGCACGCGACCUGUUGGACCUUGGCUUUUGGGAUGAUGGGUUUGGCCCAAACCCAAAUGAAGUGCAUUCUCCAGCCUUAAGAACAGGGAUUGCAGAUAGCCUGUGGGUUUAAUGGCUCAUUCUUACCUGCUCCUUUAAAGAAAGGAAAAGCAAACUUUGGCCCGGGGGGUGAAUUCCCUGCAGAUCCCAAGCCCACCAGGGAUUGUGCAACGGCUGCCUCUCCUCUGAUCCUUUCGACUGACCGCUUCCAUUACCCAGACGUUGGUGUGUGUAGCAAGCACCAGUGUGCCUUUUCAUCACUGACCAAAUAGCAAGAGCCACGGGGAGCCACCACGCACCUGCUGGGCCCCACACCACCUGUCUGGGAGAAGCCACCGUAAAGUCCCAUGCAACGUGGUGUCAGAUUACAUCAGCGUAUUGAUUACGUCAACCCUGAAAAUGAUUGCACGUUGUAUGAUGAGGCUACGACUGCAUGACGUCACUUUCCACCCUUGCCCUCUGCAGAGGCAUGUGGCCCACAGGCUAAAUUUGGUUAGGAUUAACCUUGGUUUGGAUUUGGGGGGGCUCAGUACAGUAUAUGCGCACACCACUUGGACAAUUUAGAGUUCAGUGGCUGUGGGAAACCAGCAAAUGGGUUAAUUCCACAAUCAAGCAUUGAACGUGCAGCCUUCGUUCAACGCCCAAACCAGGGCUAAAAUUAGGGUGGACUGUUUAUGGUGGCGCACAGUGUGAGAUCCCAGCGUUGUAUGUACCUGGUGUGCGACCCUGGCUAUCACCUUGUGCCAGAUUAUAGUUUAUUUCCAUGGGAACGUACAUUGUGUGAACCCAGCUGCUGUGUUUUAUUAAUCUGGGUUUAGUGUGCUAUGGGAACCCAGUCUCUCUCUCUCUCUCUCUCUCUUUUAAGAGCAAGUUUGCUUAUUUUUCUGUCUUUUGGAAAAUAAAAGAUGAGCUGAUUAGUGUU